AUGAACCGUCCACGAGUGAAGGAAUUUGAGGAUGAUGACAAAGAAAAGAGAGAUAAUGCGGAAGCUGCAUUCCGUGAAUGGCUGAAAAGAAAAGCUGCUGAGCCAAAGACUCCAAGAGCGUCACCAUCGAGAGAGGCAAUCUCCAAGCACCUGAAGGAUGAAGCCCGUCAACGUGUUAUGAACCAGUGGCACAACAACAAACGGUUCGCUGCCAAAAUGGAUGCAUAUGUCAACGGAACUACUUCUCCAAAAGCGGCGGAUGGAAAGUCGACAUUGUAG